CGAUCGGCUUCUAUCUCGCCAAAUCGAUCCCCUCCCAUUUCCAACCCCUACUCGAGCCCUAGCCAGUAGCAACUGUCGCGCCGCCGCCGGCCGCUCCGUGCGGCUCCACCGCCUGCCUCUCCGUGCAGCUGCUGCCUGCCGCGCCACCUCCUGCCGCUCCUGCCGCUGCUGCCUGCUGAGCCACCGCCCGACGUUGAGAAGGUCGUAGCUUUGGCGGCAGCGACACUACCUCCGGCGCUGGGGUGAAUAAUGGCGUCGCGGCAGGCCGCCGGCCUCACCGACUACGAGCGGCUCCGCGAGGAGAACAUCCGCCGCAACGAGGCCAUCCUCGCCUCCCUCCGCCGCAAGGCCGACGAGCUCUCGGCGGCCAUCAAGUCCUCGUCCAAACGAGGACAAGGGCGCCCCAGCAAUCAGCCCCGCAAGAAGCCCGCCGCCAAGACGAGCCCCGGCGAGCUCCGCCGCUCCCUCCGGCUCUCCCAGCUCCCCCCCUCCCACUCCCCGGACGCCGAGCCCACGCCCGGGCCCCCUCCGGUGCCCCGCAGCACCAGCUUCUCCUCCUCGCUCGCGUCCUCCAUCAUCGAGUCCGCCUCGCUCGCGCCGCCUGCCAGGGCUCGGGCGGACGGUUUCGAUGCCGGGAAGGAGCUCGUGCUGACGCCUGCGAACGUCAGGAAGGUGGUGCCCGACAGGAUACUUGGGGUUCGGGUCCUGCCGCUGGUCGACCGGACCGUGGUCGCGGCGGGGAACAAGUUGGGGAAUAUUGGGUUCUGGGUUGUGGACGGCAUGGUGGAAGAUGAGGAUGGCGACGAUGGUGCAGAUGGGCUGUUCGAGUAUUUGCCUCACAGGGGCCCUGUGCCAGCAAUCGUGGCGCACCCUGCCGCGCCACAGAAGAUUUACAGCUGUAGUUAUGAGGGUGAAAUUUGUCUUAUGGACCUUGAGAAGGAGAGCUUUAAUAUGAUCCAGUUGUGCGACUAUCCUGUUUAUUCGCUUUGUCAAGCACCAGAUAGUCCUAGCUGCCUAUAUUUUGGUGACGGAAAUGGUGAACUGAAACUCCUUGAUGAGCGGAUGGGUAAGGUAUCAAGCACAUGGGAUUCACAUGACAAUACAAUUAACUCAAUAGAUUUUCAUCCAGAGAAAAGACAUAUGCUUGCCACAAGUUCAACAGAUCGAACAGCACGCAUAUGGGAUCUCAGAAGGCUUAAAAGGAAGAAAGAAGAGAGCUUGAAGGUUCUAAAACAUAAUAGAUCUGUUCAGUCAGCUUAUUUCUCACCUAGUGGCAGCAUGCUAGCAACAACAAGCCUCGAUGACACUGUCCGAGUCUUUUGUGGGGAUGACUUUGAUAGGUCACACAUUAUCAAGCAUAAUAACCAGACAGGCAGAUGGAUUUCUACAUUCAAGGCAAUCUGGGGCUGGAACGACACCGACCUGUUUAUUGGAAACAUGAGAAGGGCAAUAGAUAUUAUCUCAGUUGGUGGUGAUGACAGUAGCCUCUCAGCUUCGAACAGCGCAAGCCUGGAGAGUGAACACAUGACGGCCAUUCCAUGCAGGUUUUCCGCACACCCAUAUAAAGUUGGGCAUCUUGCUUGCGCAAGCUCCGGUGGGAAGGUGUUCUUUUGGACCAGAGCUUGAAUCAACAAGAUCUCCGGUGGCUGACUUGCGAAUUGUUACCGGUUCUGUUAGAGUGUUAGUUAGUCAUGCUAGGAACCUAGUGCUUGUUUAGUAUCCUGCUUAAGAUUAGCAUAGUGUACCAUUUUUCCUUCUAAUGUUUUAGUGGUGGAGCAGUUGAAUGCUGUCAGAGAAACCCUGGGCAGCUGGGAACCGGUUUUCACUGCCAGAGUGUUUUCAAGCUCGUAUCCUUA